GACUGUAGACUACAUUCAGAAGAUUUCAUUCCAGAUCUCGCGUGAUUCUUCACGCACGCCGUCGCCAUGAUGCGCCGAGCAUUGACGACUUGCUCUCGAUCUCUCUCCUUCGCCAUCUCCUCUCAACCCACACAAUCCUUCCAUCGACUAUCACAUCUCACACGGACGCCUAUACUAAGAGCGUUCCCUGCCACUCGCAGCAUCCACCAAUCGUCCGUUCUGCGCGAUCAAACAGCCUCCGCCACAUACGAAAGCACCGAUGCGGAUCGCAAUGCGCCCAUCACAAAAUUCGCCGAGCUCGAGACCCGCGGAGUGAUCCAUCCAAAUGUCGUGCGAACAAUCACCAAAGAGAUGGAUCUCGAGACGAUGACGGAAGUGCAAGCAGCGACCAUCAACGAAGCGCUCAAGGGUACAGAUGUGGUGGCGCAAGCAAAGACGGGAACUGGCAAGACGAUGGCUUUUCUUCUACCUAUCCUUCAAAACAUCCUCAACUUAGACCCACAUCUGGCGGAAAGACAUCAUGGACGUCGUGGGCCUCGGACAACAGCGGAUGACAUUCGUGGAUUGAUCAUUUCACCGACGAGAGAAUUGGCAGAGCAGAUUGCAGCAGAGGCGAAGAGGCUGACGAGGAAUACGGGUGUCAUUGUACAAACUGCUGUUGGUGGCACACAAAAGAGCGCCGGUCUGAGGGCAAUUCAGCGAGAGGGAUGCCACCUUUUGGUCGGCACCCCUGGUCGACUAAAGGACAUCCUCUCGGACCCAUACUCGCGAGUCGAGGCUCCCGAUCUCUCUGCGCUUGUCCUUGACGAAGCCGACCGUCUGCUCGACUCAGGCUUCUGGGUAGAGAUCCAAGAGAUCCUCCGCAUGCUGCCUACCCCUGCAGAGAAAGACCGUCAGACGAUGAUGUUCUCCGCCACCCUUCCUAAAGAGGUCGUGAACCUCGUCCGUCAGACUCUCAAACCCGGCUUUCAGUUCGUCAAGUGCGUGCGCGACGACGAGGAACCCACACAUACUCGCGUCCCGCAGAACGUUACCACGGUGGCCGGCCUCGAGAAUUCGAUGCCAACCCUGGUCGAACUCUGCCAACGCGGGCUCGAUGCUGCCAAGGAGCCCGGCGCCCGUCCAUUCAAGGCAAUCGUCUACUUCAAUUCGACCGCCGAAGUCUCCCUCGCCUCCUCCGCCCUCAACGCUCUCAGCACUCCCAACGGCCGUGACCACCCCUGGUGGCCCGCGCGCAUCACCGAGAUCCACGCCAAACUGAGUCAAGGCCAACGCACACGCGCCGCCGAUGACUUUCGUCGCGCCACAUCUGGCAUUCUCCUCUCCUCAGACGUCACAGCUCGCGGUAUGGACUUCCCCAACGUCACUCAUGUCAUUCAAGUCGGCAUGCCGACCUCUCGAGAGCAGUACGUUCACCGCAUCGGUCGAACCGCUCGUGCGGGCAAGGAAGGCGAGGGCUGGUUGAUCAUGAACCAAAUCGAAGCGCAGGAAGCACGCUCACGACUCCGCGGUCUGCCUCUGAAACAAGAUCAGAUCCUUGAGAUUCCCCAUCUUGACCUUACCAAGGCUGCAGACGUUCCCGCGACGGCUGGACGCAUUCUGAGCAUGUACCAGGCGGCCAUCAAGCGCGUACACAUGUCGGAGAAGGAGAAGGUCUACCUCGCGCAGCUCGGUGUGUAUCAGUGGGUGAGUCGCAAGCAGGAACUCGUGGCGGCGAUGAACAAUCUAGCGAGAUUUGGGUGGGGAUUGUCGGAGAUGCCGAAGGUCCCUGCUGGACUGGCGUCGAAGUUGAGGAUUAACCGGAUCGAGGGUGUGAACAUUGGCCAGAGUGGAGCAUACGGCGAUGAUGGUGGCAGAGGCGGUGGAUUCGGAGGUCGUGGAGGUGGAGGUUACAGUGGACGAGGUGGUGGUGGUGGUGGUGGAUAUGGCGAUAGAGACGGCGGUCGGAGUGGCGGCUUUGGUGGUGGACGUGGAUAUGGAGAUAGAGAUGGUGGACGUGGCGGUGACUUCGGAGGCGGUCGGGGAGGAGGGCGCGGAGGGUUUGGAGAUCGUGGUCCACCCCGCGAGAGGAGAGAUGAUCCCUUUGGACGAGGAGGUGGAGACCGUGACGGUGGACGCGACGGCGGAUUCGGUAGUGGCGCCAGGUAUGGAGAUCGCGCGCCGAGGAGCAACGCGUUCAAUUGA